AUGGCUGGUUGUCAUAUUGUGAUUUUUCGAUAUUUCGGGUGGAUACAAACCGGCAAUUUACGCUUAUUAUAUGAAAUAAUUAAGAAGUAACAAAGAAUUUCAUAUAAAAUUAAAUUGUCACUCAAGUUAUUUAUGUUUUCACAGCUGUGAAAAUGUAUUUACGAGAGUUAGCCACCCUAGUAGCUCUAUGCAUAGUCUCAAGUUAUGCUAUAUUACAAGGAACAAUAGACACUAAGCGUUUGCAAACAAUAUUGGAAGAUGGAUUAAAAAGCAAAGACAUUGGCUCAAUCUAUUUCUCUGUAAAAGGAUUAAAACAGCUGAAUGCCAAAAUCCCUGAUAUCUGUGAGGAUAUCAAAAAUGCCAAAUAUGAUCUGAAGAACAUUGAACAAGUAUUCUACCUCACAAAUGCCGCAGCUCUGUCUGGCUGUCAAAACUCGCUAAAACCAGAUGUAAUGGGUGCUGCAAACCAGGUGUUGGACAAAGCUGAUGCUACAAUACCAGAAUUAUACCAUGCAGUGUAUUCGAUGAAAGCUCUCGGCAAAGGUACUAUUUAUGACAAAGAAGAUGCACUGAAGAACCUGAUUCAGCUUUUGAAGAAAGAUGAUUCCCCAGCUAACUAUGGCUAUGUGUUUGGUCUCUGUGAGCACAUGGGAUGUGGGACAUGGACGGUUUCCCAUGCUGAGGGGGCAUUGCUUGCAGCUGAUGAGAGUGACUCAAGAGCCCUGCACUUUGAAGGUGGACUUCCUGCCACAUCACUCCUCCUUAGCACUAUCAUCAGAACAUACAAAAGUCAGAGGAAGGUGUCACCGUUGAGUGAGGAGCAGCGAUACAAGUUCAGUGAGUACCUGCUGUCGCGCCGCUCCGUGACCACGCCCCGCGGCGCCGCCCUGCUGCUCGAGGCCGCGCUGCUGCUGGCAGAGGAACAGCCAUCGCCAAUCAGCAUUGUUAUCAAGGGCAAGAAAUACAUCACAGCGGAAUCAGACUCAAUUGAAUUCUCUGUCACCAAUCUUAUCGGCAAGCCCAUCCCAAACUUGAAGCCAGAGGAAGUUGUUGCCCAAUCAGGCACCAGACUGGCUGAUGAUGUGGUGGUACUCUCCAAGCAGCCCCUGACUCCCAAGGCCAAUGAACCAGGCACAUUUGUACUGAACCUCAGUAAGAUUAAGUCACAAUACGGCCUCUACAAGAUCUCACUGAGUGCAGGAACUAAGUCUGCCAACUUCAACAUUGCUGUGCUCGGAGAGAUUCAAGUUUCGAAUGUUGAAUUUGGAAUUGGGGAUGUGGAUGGCACAACCAGUCCCAAGAUAACUAAUGUAGUGUACCCCAACAAGCUCACAGAGAAGUUACAAGCAGAUCACCUCCAAAAGGUGUCCCUAAAGUUCACGGUCCGCGACAAGGCGAACAAGGCUGUGGUGGUGCAGCAGGCGUUCGUGCGUGUGGCGCCCGCCGACGACUCGCAGGAGGCCAUCUUUGUUGCCGAGCCCGAUAACAAUAAGGCGUACAAAGUCGAGCUGAACGUGGGCGGUCUAUCAUCGCACUUGCGCGGCGCGUCGUCGGGCGCGUUCACGGUGACGCUGCUAGUGGCUGACGGCGCCGCCGCCGCGCCGCUCGCCUGGCCGCUGGGGCACGUGUACCUCAACCUGCCCGCGCCGUCCGCACCCGCCUCAGAGUCCCCCAUCCGCGGCCCUCUGCCAGUGAUCGCUCACCAGUUCCGCGAGCCCGAGGCGCGUCCCCCUCGUGCGGUGUCGGACGUGUUCGCUCUGGCGUGCGCGGCGCCGCUGCUGCUGCUGCUGGUGAUGUGGGCUUCCCUCGGCGCCAACUUCCGCGCUGCGCCCGCUCACCUCGCCGCGCCGCUCUUCCAUCUCGCUCUUGCAGGUAUUACGUUUUUGUCUCGCUCUAGCAGCGUCCCUGGGUCUGUACGGGCUGCUGUGGGUGCAGCUGGACAUGUUCAGCACGCUGCGACUGUUGCUGCCGCUCGCCGCGCUCACCUUCCUGUCCGGCCACCGGCUGUUGCGCCGCCUGGCCAGCGACAAGGCGCGCAAGCAAUAAAAAAACUAUUAUUAAAAAAAAGAAUAGAAUAUAAUUUGAUUAUAAACCUGUUUUUUAUUCAGCUAAGUUAUUUUGAGUCACAAAAUUUAGAUAAGCUGGCAUUUAUAGAAUAAGAAAACAUUGUGAAUAAAUGUUUUUUAAGUA